CUGUGUGAGAAAAGUUGGGUUUCCAACGCACCAAACAACUUCAAAAGAAAAUGCCAAGAGCUCCAAUUUAACACUCGCACCCCCUAGUAUGGAAUGAUUUUGCCUUUCAUUGUCAAAAAUGUUGCUUAAUAUUCGCAUCACUAAUGUUAAAGUAGCCUCUGGCCUGUAAUUAACCGAAGUUGAAUGACAGACAGAGUAAUAUAAGUGUUUGUUCAAUGCAGCCGGAAUAUUUCGUUACAAAAAAAUUGUAACACCACGUUAAGGUCAUUCUGUUUUCCCCACUCUGACUUUAAUAUGACAAGGCGAUGCAUCACAUCUAUAGUCUGAAUGAACGGACUAAUGUAAUUCCCCGCGCAGAUGCUCCCUGAUCCUGGAUGUGUCAAUCUGCGGUACGGCGCUCGGUAAAAGCUCUCAGCGCUCCCAGCGGAGGUCCUGCGGGGACAACAUUAUCACACACGGGCCGGGGAGGCGACACAAACACACAGGAAGCUAAAUACAACCUAUCUGGGACACUUUUUGGCUCUCUCGCUCGGACUGCCUCAGUUAAUUGUGAUCUGAGUGAGCUGGGUAUAGUCGCCCCCCUGCAUCUCUCUCCCUUCUCUCUCUCUCUUUCUUUUUAGUGUGUGUGUGUGUGUGUUGGUGUGUGUCUCUCUCCCCUCCUCAGCGCACAGGCGCCCUGCACUCCAGUCUGCUGACACACCGGGAGGACAGUCCGCUCUACACGCCCGUGUCAUUGGACUCUAUGUGGAUACAAAUCCCUCUGAACGCAGAUCCAUGGGGAUACUUUAGCCUGCGAUCACAUACAUGAAAACAGAGCAGCACUGAAGGACCUCGGAGAGCCAGAGAACGAGCGCUGGCCUUCGUCUGACUGUGUGACCAGCGAAUGAGCCUUGUUCAUGCGUCUCCCUGCGUGCCACUCCCACACCACUAUGAACUGUGAGCAGGACUUUGGAGACGGGGGCUUGGGAGUGACCCUCACACUACGGCUGCUCAUGCAUGGAAAGGAGGUUGGCAGCAUCAUAGGAAAGAAAGGGGAGACAGUGAAACGAAUACGAGAAGAGAGCAGUGCUCGGGUCAACAUCUCAGAGGGCUCCUGUCCGGAGAGAAUCAUCACCAUCACCGGCUCCACAGACUGCGUCUUCAGAGCUUUCACCAUGAUCACAUACAAACUGGAGGAGGACCUGACUACACUGGUGGCCAACGGCACCAUCAGCUCCAAGCCACCAGUCACCCUGCGGCUGGUCAUCCCUGCCAGCCAGUGUGGCUCCCUCAUCGGAAAGGGAGGGGCAAAGAUAAAGGAGAUCAGAGAGAGCACUGGAGCUCAGAUACAGGUGGCAGGGGAUUUGCUGCCCAACUCCACUGAGCGAGGGGUGACGAUAUCUGGGAAUCAGGACUCUGUAAUCCAGUGUGUCAAGCUCAUCUGCACGGUAAUCCUGGAGUCCCCUCCAAAGGGUGCCACCAUCCCGUAUCGACCGAGCCCUUCACCAGCUACAGUCCUGAUUGCAGGGAACCAGAUGUUUGAGGCGUCAGAAUUUGCACCCCACCCUCUCUACUCAGUCACACAGGGUGGCCUGGACCUCCAGCAGGCCUACACUUUGCAAAACCAAUACGGCAUUCCACACUCAGAGCUGGCCAAGCUACAUCAGCUGUCUAUGCAGCAAGGCCUGAGUCCCAUUGCCCAGCCUGCUUCCACUAUGAUACCUGGGAUGGACUCCAACUCUCAGACAUCUCAGGAGCUGCUUAUUCCCAAUGAUCUGAUCGGCUCGAUCAUCGGCCGGCAGGGCACUAAGAUCAACGAGAUCAGGCAGGUGUCCGGAGCUCAGAUAAAGAUCGGCAGCCAGCUGGACGGGACAAGUGACCGUCAUGUCACCAUCACAGGAACACCAGUCAGCAUCAAUCUGGCCCAGUACCUCAUUACCUCCUGUUUAGAGACAGCCAAAUCCACGGCCCAGGCAGCCACCAUGGCUGCUCCGGUCGACCUCAACAUGGCCUUCACCCAGCAGACCUCCCCAGCUGCCUCCCCUGCACCCACCCUGGCCACCGUGGGCGCCCUGACCCCGGCUCAUAUGUUGGGCAACCCGUACGGAGCCCUGCCCCUCUCAGGCCUGCUGGGGGUGAAGUCCGUCCCAUUUCUGACUCUGUCCAGCCCGGCCCCCACCGUGGCCGUCACUGCAGCGCCCUCCCACUCUACCCUGGCCGCCUACACCGCCAAAAUCUCCACAGCCAACUGCAUCAAAAAGCCAGAGAGACAGAAGUUCGCUCCCUACUGAUGCAGCCCCCGCGUCCAGGGAAUCAGACGAAGGACAGCUGCACUGUUCUUCCACAAACGCCUGAUGUAGCCAUAUUCGCCGGCAGAGACGCUCUUGACUUUCAUUCUAUGAUGCACCAACAGAGAAGAGACCAAUGGAGAUG